AUGGCUUACGACCGGUACACGGCUGUGUGCAAGCCGCUGCUUUAUGCCACCGCCAUGUCCAGGGCGCGUUGCUACGGCACGAUGGUGCUGGUGUACGCCGCGGGCUUCCUCACCUCCCUGGUGCACACCGUCCUGGUGGGGAGGUUGUCCUUCUGCCAGGCCAGGAGCAUCAACCACUUCUUCUGCGAGCUGCCCACCCUCCUGCAGCUCUCCUGCUCUGACGUCCGCGCAAACGAGAUCUUGCAGGUUUCCAACGCUGGGCUUAACGCUGUGGGCUCUCUCCUGAUGAUCCUGGUGUCCUACACCUACAUCCUCCACACCAUCCUGCAGAUGCCUUCGGCCAGGAGGAGGCUGAAAGCUUUCCCUAGCUGCGCCUCCCACCUGGCCGCCAUCACCAUCUUCUACGCGCCGGGGAUGCUCGCCUACGGCCAGACUCGCGAGGCGUGCUCACGGUGUCAGGCAAAGCUGGUUUCUGCAUGCUACACCCUCCUGACCCCCACCCUCAAC